GGGGAAGAGCGACCUAUGGCUGGCUCGGUCCCUGGCAAGUGAGGCCUGGGGCAGGUGACAGGUGGCGAGUGGCGGGUGAUCGGAAACUCCGAAUCCUUUGCUGUCAGGUGGUCAGGGAACACCCUGCCACGAGGAACCCAGGAGGAUCUGCUGGGAACAGGGGAUCAGGGCCAGUGACGCAGGUGGCGCUUUCGGGGGAGACCAGGUCUCCGCGAGUGGUGACCCUACCCAGCGUAGCUUAGGUUCAGGGGAUCCCCUAAUCUUCUCCCGCGGGCAGGGGCGUUGGCCUGCGCCCCGGUCCCCUGGCACGGUGUGGUCUUCUUAGCCAGCAGUGGGCGCCUCGGGCUCACCUUGUCCCCUUGCGCUGGAGGAGGAGGGUGGUGCGAGGUGGAGUCAUGCCCAAGCCCAGCUGGACGUGGUUAGGAAAAUCAAAAUGUUUCGCACUUCAUCCUUGGAUCUGUUUCCUAAUAAUCCUCAUCUUGGUCUUCUUUGGGUAUGAGUCCAUGAGUCCCAGAAGCCUGCUGGUGGGCAGGCUGGGAGCCUCCGAGACCAGGAUGAUCUACACCCAGCCAAAGGUGCUCACACCUGCUAGGAGCGAUGUCCUUAUCCUGACUCCAUGGCUGGCUCCCAUUGUGUGGGAGGGGACCUUCAACAUCGACAUCCUCAAUGAGCAGUUCAGGCUUCGCAACACCACCAUUGGACUGACCGUGUUUGCCAUCAAAAAAUAUGUGGUCUUCCUGAAGUUGUUCUUGGAGACAGCCGAGCAGCACUUCAUGGUUGGACACAGGGUCAACUACUAUGUCUUCACUGACCGGCCAGCAGACGUGCCGCAAGUGCCCUUGGGAGCAGGACGGCGGCUGGAGGUGCUGACCGUGCGCAACUACACUCGCUGGCAGGACGUGUCUAUGCACCGCAUGGAGAUGAUCAGCCGCUUCUCGGAGCAGCGCUUCCAGCACGAGGUGGAUUACCUGGUGUGUGCCGACGUGGACAUGAAGUUCCGUGACCACGUGGGUGUGGAGAUCCUGUCAGAACUCUUCGGAACUCUGCAUCCGGGUUUCUACAGUAGCAACCGGGAGGCCUUCACCUAUGAGCGCCGGCCCCAGUCUCAGGCCUUCAUACCCCAGGGGGAGGGUGAUUUUUACUACAUGGGGGCCUUCUUUGGGGGAUCUGUAAUGGAGGUGUAUCACCUCACCAAGUCCUGUCAUGAAGCCAUGGUGGUCGACCAGGGCAAUGGCAUUGAGGCCGUGUGGCACGAUGAGAGCCACCUGAACAAGUACCUGCUAUACCACAAGCCCACUAAGGUGCUGUCCCCAGAGUACAUGUGGGACCAGCAGCUGCUGGGCUGGCCCUCCGUCAUGAAGAAGCUGCGAUAUGUGGCCGUGCCCAAGAACCACGAGGCAAUCCGGAACUGAUAGCCAGGGUCUCAGGAGUGGCUGUGCGGCUGGCCUGUGGCCCCAGUGCUGACCAUGAACUGAAAGGGUCUGAGACUAAUUGCUGUAGCCUCAUCCUCUACCUCAGACUCAAGCAGGCCCUGCUCCACCUGGCCUUUCGCACACUCUGUCCCAGGCUGGGGCCUCAUGGAGUGGCCUCCACCUUCAGCUCCUCAACCCCUGUGCUCUGUGAGGCAGUGGUCUCAGCCUCACCCCACAAGGGACAAGGGAUGGAGUCCUUCAAAAUAAAGAAGAAAGCCUGUCGCUCUGUCACCUGGGGGCUUGCACAUCUUCAUCUUGUGCCAGUCCUGUCCUCUGUAAGAGCUCUGACAGCUGAAAAGUCCCCUCAGGAGCAGGCAGGCAAGGAGGAGUAAUCAUGACCUGCAGGACUUGGCCAUGCUUAGCUCUAAUCCAGCCCACUUUGGCUUGUAGUAGUCCACCUUAGCCAUUGCCUGUGUAUAGGUUUGUUUGCUUUGGAAAUUGCUAGUUAUAUAUUAUUGGGAAUAAAUUUAUUUCUGUAACAUAA